CGCCUCUCCAGAACGUUCCGCGCCGGCCGCCGCCGCCGCCACCAUGAUGGGCCCGCGCCCCGUGCUCGUUCUCAGUCAGAAUAUGAAACGUGAGUCUGGGAGAAAAGUCCAGACUGGGAACAUCACUGCUGCUAAGACUAUUGCUGACAUCAUCCGAACGUGUUUAGGACCAAGAGCAAUGAUGAAGAUGCUUUUGGAUCCCAUGGGUGGGAUCGUGAUGACCAACGAUGGCAAUGCUAUUCUUAGAGAGAUUCAGGUCCAGCACCCAGCUGCAAAAUCCAUGAUUGAGAUCAGCCGCACUCAGGAUGAAGAAGUUGGAGAUGGGACCACGUCUGUAAUUAUUCUUGCUGGGGAGAUGCUCUCUGUGGCCGAACACUUCCUCGAACAGCAGAUGCACCCGACUGUGAUCAUUGGGGCUUAUCGGAAGGCCCUGGAUGACAUGAUCAGUAUUCUGAAGAAAAUCGGCACUCCAGUGGACGUGAACAACAGAGAGAUGAUGCUUAAAAUAAUAAAGAGUGCUAUAAACACCAAGGCGAUAAACCGCUGGUCUGACCUGGCCUGCAGCAUCGCUCUCGACGCCGUCAAGACGGUGGAGUUUGAGGAAAAUGGCAGAAGGGAAAUUGAUAUCAAGAAAUAUGCCAAAGUAGAAAAGAUUCCGGGUGGUUUUAGUGAAGACUCGUGUGUUUUGCGUGGCAUCAUGGUGAACAAAGAUGUGACCCAUCCCAGGAUGCGGCGCCUUAUCAAGAAUCCCCGCAUCGUCCUUCUGGAUUGCUCCCUAGAGUACAAGAAAGGGGAGAGUCAGACCGAUAUCGAAAUCACUCGGGAGGAAGACUUCGCCCGCAUCCUGCAGAUGGAGGAAGAGUAUAUCCAGCAGAUCUGCGAGGAUCUGAUCCGAGUCAAGCCGGACCUGGUCAUCACGGAGAAAGGAAUCUCCGACUUGGCGCAGCACUACCUGAUGAAAGCCAACGUCACGGCGAUCCGCAGGGUGAGGAAGACGGACAACAACAGGAUCGCCAGGGCCUGCGGGGCUCGCAUCGUGAGCCGCACGGACGAGCUGCGGGAGGAGGAUGUGGGGACCGGAGCCAGGCUCUUCGAAGUGAAAAAAAUUGGAGAUGAGUAUUUUGCCUUCAUCACGGACUGCAAGGACCCYAAGGCCUGCACCAUCAUGCUGCGCGGAGCCAGCAAGGAGAUCCUCGCAGAGGUGGAGCGCAACCUGCAGGACGCCAUGCAGGUCUGUCGCAACGUGCUCAUCGACCCGCAGCUGGUGCCCGGAGGGGGGGCCACCGAGAUGGCCGUGGCCCACGCGCUCACCGAGAAGUCCAAGGGCAUGACGGGYGUGGAGCAGUGGCCCUACCGGGCAGUAGCCCAGGCGCUGGAAGUCAUUCCCAGAACGCUGAUCCAGAACUGCGGAGCCAGUACCAUCCGCGUGCUGACCUCGCUCAGGGCCAAGCACACGCAGGAGGGCAGCCAGACGUGGGGCGUGAACGGCGAGAGCGGCGCCCUGGUGGACAUGAAGGAGCUGGGCGUCUGGGAGCCCCUGGCCGUCAAGCUGCAGACCUACAAGACGGCCGUGGAGACCGCUGUCCUCCUCCUCCGCAUCGAUGACAUCGUCUCGGGGCACAAAAAGAAAGGCGACGACGGCAGCAAGCAGCCGGCAGCUCCCGAGGCAGCCCAGGAGUAGCGGGAGCUGCGGGAGGAGCUCAGCCGCGCGGAGCAGCUUCCGAGGGGGGAAUAUCCAGGAAUUUGUUGGUCUGCAGCCUGGAGCGGGGAGAGGAGAAGCGCCGUGAGGGUGGCACCAAGAGCUUGUGUCCCUCCGUGCCCCUCUCUGUGGCGGCACUGAUGGUUAAUUUAAGUCUAGGCUGUCGAAGC